UUUUAGGCACAUAAGAUGUUUCACAAAAGCAUUUGUCUUAAGAUGGUUAUGUAUAUCUUCAGCUUUAAUGUGUCAAUAAGAAAUAUAAAUGUUAGACUCCCAAACAUUACUUUUGCAAAUAGAAUAGAUGAGAAUAGAAGAACAGGGAGCCCUGCAACAGAUGUCAUGGACCCCACAAAGCCCCCCACUGAACAUCGUGUCAGUCUGAGAUUACAUAAAGAGACAGAAGCAAUUGAGACAGCAGAAAUAGACAGAAGAACUGUGGUGAAUUCUCCAAGAAGCUUGAAACAUCCUAUCUGCCAACAACCAAGAAAACUGUGUCCAGGUGUAAUUAGGAGAAUUGGUGCUGUUUUAAACUACUAGUAUAUUAGGUUUCUAUUUCCCAUCUCUGUACCACUGAAUGGGGUGUAUCCAUGGGCUGACCGGUUCUCAAUAUGGGUGUGUCUCACAUUUAUUUAAAGUCCCGAAGACGAUCUUUAUAAGAAGCAUUUUCAGAAGGAAAGAAUUACACUAUCUUCAUCUGCUGAAAAGGCUACAGAAAAAUCAGAUCACUGCAAACAACUUGGAGGAUCAGUCGUCAACAAACAAGAGAAAUACCUUCUCUUAGAAGUACCCGAAUCGCUGCAAAAGUUUGGAGGAUUAAACAAAGUGAUCAGUCAUGGUGAAAGGCACACUAAAUGAACUGUCCCAGCUGAGAGACUCAGGCUUUGGUCAGCCAGCGCCCAGACAUGGAUUGAACCUACUGUAUUGGUUUGUUCAUGAGUAUAUAGAGUUAUACAAUGAUGAUGUUGUACUCAAUUCCAAUCCUCAAAAUGGAGCCUUUGGCUUUCACAAUUUCCUAAACACAAUUGAAGAUGAAGAUCACAUUGUGCCCAUUCAGACUUUUCCGUACUAUGAGGUGGGCAACUUGAAUGCCAAGGGAGCAGACAAGCUACCCAGUUAUGUCAGGGCAAAUUACAGCCAUAAUGAAGCAGAUAGUAACAAGGAUCGCAUUAUUGUGCGCCUGGAUUAUUCUGGUGCCUUGAACAGGGUGUAUGUAACAGAACACAGUGACAAAAAACUGUUUGACAAUAGUAAAACGUACCGUGUCAGCGUGGGGCUCCUCAAGAUCAUCAAGAACAUGAAUCGAGAGAGGUAUCUCUCUCUGCUCUCAAUUCCUCAAAUGCAGCAUAUUCAUGUUACACAGCAAAGUGCAUUUGAGAGAGAACCUGAAAACAACUCCUGGUGUGCCAUUCUUUAAAUAUAAAGAUAUAAACAUAUUUCAUUCAAUCCAAUUUAAACCAUGUGUUUACAUCUUUUUGACAGGAGUUAUUUUAAACUAUUAUUAUGUCUCCUGUUUAAAUCAUUUAUGUUUUCUUUCUUUCUAUUAUAUAUGUAUCAGUUUCUAUCACUAUUCAUGGACAUUUUCUUUUCCACAUGUGGUUUCUGGUGCUUUGAAAUAAAAUGUAU